UGCUCAAGUGGUUUUGAACUCCGACAGGGAGUUCUUAGACCCAUAUACAGUAAUAUUUCUUGCCUCUCUUGUUAGUCAGGGACCGGAUGAUGAAUUCUACAGAUAUGGAAUCCGGCUGGUGGCAGAACUUCGAUGAGUAAAUGCUACUCACAGGAUUCAGACAAUAUUCUAGUUUGGAGCUUGGUGUUGAAAUGAGACAUAGUUCGUAUCCGUGCCUGCUCAGUCGACGGGCAAAUUGACGAGAUUCUCAAGCGUCACAAAUUUCCAUACCAGGGGUCAAAAUGUUGGACGAUGAGAUUGAAGCUCAAGAAGCUGAGAAGCGGAAUGAGAUGCUCCGAAAGAAAGAGAAUCUCCUGGAAGGAGAGGAGAAGGCUGUAGGCAAAGGCACGGCCCUCGUGAUGUCAGGAAAGGCAGAAGAGCGAGGGCAGGAAUUGGAGGCUAUGGGAAAGUCGAAAAAGCCCCCAGCACAAACCAGAACAGUUUCUUUCCAUGAGAUGUUCAAGUACGCCGACCCACAGGACUACCUGUUGAUGCUCGGAGGAACGGUUGGUGCCAUCGGAGAUGGAUUGACUCUUCCAGCAGCGCUCUUCAUAACCAGUGGCAUGAUCAAUGCUUUCGGAACAUCUGGACCGAGUACUAUCAAUCCUGCCGACUUCGAAAAGCUCAUCAAUAAGUAUGUUCUGCGGUUCUUCUACUUGGCCUUCGUCUGCUUCGCUGUUUGCUUUCUAGAGGCGACGUGCUGGAUGCGAACGGGCGAACGGCAAGCGAGUCGGCUCCGGUCGACGUACCUGAGAGCAAUUCUAAGGCAAAAUCAAGGCUUUUUCGACACAGCUGGAGCGGACACGGCCGAGGUGGUGAACAGCGUCACCACUGAUACUCUCACAAUCCAAGAUGCUAUCAGCGAGAAGGUGGGCCACUUCGUGGCCAACAUCUCCACGUUCAUAGGAGGUUACAUUGUGGGAUUUUACCUGGUUUGGAAGAUGUCUCUAAUUCUGCUGGCGUUUUCUCCACUGCUGAUCGUUCCUGGAAUAGUGUACGGAAGGACGCUUACCACUCUGGCAAGGAAGAUGCAGUCGACGUAUCUGGAUGCUGGUACUAUCGCCGAACAAGCGAUUUCGUCGAUCAGAACCGUUUACUCCUUCGUCGGGGAAGAGAAGACCAAGGCUCGAUUUGCCGAGAGCUUGGACACGACUGUGGAGAUUGGGAAAAAGAUGGGACUGGCCAAAGGAUUUGCAGUUGGUUUGAAUGGUAUCAAUUUUGGAUUGUGGGGUUUUAUGUCGUGGUAUGGAAGCAAACUUGUUAUGAACGAAGGCGAGAGCGGUGGAAAGAUUAUCACCGCCGGUCUCGCAAUGCUGACGGGAGGAUUGGCUCUCGGAACAGCUCUUCCUAACUUGAAGUAUUUUUCGGAGGGUCAGUCGGCUGCAACUCGCAUAUUCGAUAUGAUUGAUAGAGUACCGCCGAUUGAUUCCGAUAAUAUGAACGGGCGAGUGCUGCCAAAGCUCGAGGGUCGGAUGGAGCUUCGCAAUGUGGACUUCGCCUACCCAUCACGAAUGGAUUCUCAGAUUUUCAAGAACUUCUGCCUCACGAUUCCAUCAGGGCUGACCGUGGCGCUGGUGGGAGGCAGUGGGUCCGGGAAGUCCACUGUCAUAGCUUUGCUGGAGCGCUUCUAUGAUCCCCUAGCAGGUGAAGUUCUGAUCGAUGGAAUCAACAUCAAAGAUUUUCAGCUGAAAUGGCUUCGUACUCAGAUUGGACUCGUCAGUCAGGAGCCUGCCCUCUUCGCGACCAGCAUCAAGGAGAACAUCAUGUUCGGCAAGGAAGGCUCUUCUGAGGACGAGGUCAUCAAAGCCUCCAAGGCGGCCAACGCCCACAAUUUCAUCUCAUCCCUUCCGGAAGGCUACAAUACGCAGGUCGGCGAGCGAGGAGUGCAAAUGUCCGGAGGCCAGAAGCAACGAAUUGCCAUCGCUCGAGCCCUGCUGAAGAACCCUCCGAUUCUACUGCUGGAUGAAGCUACCAGCGCCUUAGACUCCGAGUCGGAAAAGAUCGUGCAGGAAGCUCUGGACGCGGCCUCGGUCGGAAGGACGACGAUCGUUGUGGCCCAUCGCCUGUCGACCAUUCAGAACUCGGACCUGAUCGCCGUCGUCUCAGGCGGGCAAGUCGUGGAGCAAGGAACGCACGAGAGUCUGCUGGAGAUUGAAGGGGGAGCAUAUGCAUCGCUGGUCAAUCUACAGCAGGCCAGGAACAAGCAAGCUGAUGGCGUGCAGCCCGAAGAGAAAAACUCGAUGUCGAUGUCGAGAGCGAGCGAGCGUGGGGAGAAAAGCGGCGCAGCUGCGAGCUGGCGCCGCUCGAGCUCCGUGGGUCUGAGCAUGUCGCAGAGGCUGCAUCUGCGCUCGGGCUCGAGCGGGCGAGUGUCGUUCUCGUCGCCGCGGCCAUCGGGAGCAGCAGGAGCUCCGGACGUGGACCCGGACGAGAAGCAAGCCAAGCCGCCAUCGUUCUCCAGGCUGCUGGCCAUGAACAAACCGGAAUGGCGAGAGGGAAUUCUGGGCACCAUCGGAGCUGUGGGGUUCGGCGUGGUGCAGCCCAUGUACGCCUUCGUGCUCGGCAGCAUGAUCUCCACCUUGUACUUGAAGGACUUCGACAAAAUGCGCCGCGAGGUGACCAUCUACGCAGCCGUGUUCGGCGGCCUGGCCGUGGCCUGCUUCAUCGUCAACUUCCUGCAGCACUACUACUUCGCCGCCAUGGGCGAGCUUCUGACCAAACGCAUCCGCCUCCGCAUGCUGUCCAAAGUCCUCACCUUCGAAGUCGGCUGGUUCGAUCGAGACGAAAACUCCAGCGGUGCCAUUUGCGGCCGCCUCGCCUCGGAAGCCAAUGUGGUGCGUGCGCUGGUCGGGGACAGGAUUUCGCUGGUGAUUCAGACGAUCGCAGCUAUCAUGCUGGGGAGUAUCGGAGGACUGAUCAUCUCGUGGAAGCUGUCGUUGGUGAUGAUCGCCGUGCAGCCGCUGGUGAUCGUGUGCUACUACUCGAAGAAGGUGCUGCUGAAGAGCAUGUACAAUCUGACGCUCGAGGCGCAGGAGGAGGCGAGUCAAGUGGCGAGCGAGGCCGUGAUCCACCACCGCACCAUCACGGCGUACUCAGCGCAGGAGAAGAUCAUGGCGCUGUUCGAGGCCAUGCAGCUGAAGCCGCGCAAGGAAUCGAAGAAGAGGGCGUACAUCGCCGGAGUGGGAUUGGGCGCGGCGCUCUUCGCCACCUACUGCACGUGGGCGCUGGACUUCUGGUGGGGAGGCCAGCUCGUCAAGCGCGAGGAGCUGAGCUUCGGCGACCUGUUCAAGUGCUUCUUCAUCCUCGUGGCCUCGGGCCGAAUGAUCGCCGAGGCCGGCAGCAUGACCUCGGACCUGGCCAAGGGCGCCAACUCCAUCGUCACCGUGUUCAACAUUCUCGACAGGAGAACCAAAAUCGACCCCGACGACAGCGCUGGCGUCAAGCUCGACAAGAUCGACGGCAAUGUCGAGCUCAAGGGAGUCGACUUCGCCUACCCGGCUCGCCCGGACGUCUUGGUCUUCCGCGGCUUCGACCUCAAAGUGCGCGCCGGCAAGAACGUCGCCCUCGUGGGCCAGAGCGGCUCCGGCAAAUCCACCAUCAUCGGCUUGAUCGAGAGGUUCUACGACCCACUCAAGGGCAAGAUCAUGAUCGACAGCUACGACAUCAAAGAGAUUCACCUGCGCACCCUGCGGUCGCACAUUGCUCUCGUCGGCCAAGAGCCCACUCUGUUCGCGGGCACCAUCCGCGAAAACAUCCUCUACGGGCGAGACAACGCCACCGAAGCUGAGAUCAUCGAGGCCGCCAAAGCUGCCAACGCUUUCUCCUUCAUCAGCUCGCUGAAGGAAGGGUUCAACACGAACACGGGCGAGCGAGGAGUGCAGCUGUCGGGAGGGCAAAAGCAGAGGAUCGCCAUCGCGCGGGCCAUUCUGAAGAACCCGGGCAUUCUGCUGCUGGACGAGGCCACCAGCGCGCUGGACGCGCACUCGGAGAAGAUCGUGCAGGACGCGCUGGACCGGAUCAUGGUGGGGCGCACCACCAUCGUGGUGGCCCAUCGCCUCUCCACCAUCCAGAACUGCGACACGAUCGCCGUCAUCCAGAGCGGCGCCAUCCUCGAGAAAGGCACCCACAGCGAGCUGCUGGCCAAGGGCGAGGGAGGCGCCUACUUCAACCUGGUCAAACUCCAGCGCAAGGAGCCGCAGCACUGACCCUCCAUCUCCAUCUCCCUGCCUGCUCACGUGGUGGCCACUCUCAGAAUCCCAGCACGUGGUGUCGAAUUGGGAGCGAUUUAGGGGCAUUAAUGAUGAUUAUGAUGAACAACGAGGGAGGGAGGGGAGGGGAGGGGAACGGAUUAUAGAAAUAGCAGCUGAACCAUAUCUACGUACAGAACGUGAAUGGCACUAAAGGGGAAGAUUUAGGAAGGUUCUACAGCCCGAAUUCGUGGAGAAGAGGUUGUGGCUAAACUCGAGUGUUUUGUAGAAAGUCGCUAGCUGCAAUCGAAUUAGUGUCGAUGAGGAUGCCACGCAUAAUCUUGGCAUGGAGACAGAUCAUCUUCAGUGAUACCGAAUCGCCAGGCGGGUUAUCUAGAUGUACUUUGUCGAACUUCUUCCUUGGCUUUUUUUUCAUACGUAUUAGGAAAACAAUGUAACUUUUUCCAACUAUUUACAUGUUCUCCACAGUCUUCGACUGUUUGCGAAUCUGGUCUCUGGUCUCUCCUCUGUCUUCUU